AUGGAAAAUAGUCCGGCGGUCCUUCAAAGGUCAAAUCAUGUUAGCACAGUUCUACUUUACGGCAUUCCAAUUGUAUCAUUAUAUAUUGAGGGGCAGGAGCGUUUGUGCCUCGCCCAAAUCUCAAAUACUUUGCUCAAACAAUUUAGCUAUAACGAGAUACAUAAUCGUAGGGUUGCAUUGGGCAUUACAUGUGUACAAUGUACACCUGUGCAGUUGGAAAUACUGCGAAGAGCUGGCGCUAUGCCAGUGAGUUCGCGUCGUUGCGGAAUGAUAACGCGGCGAGAAGCGGAGCGAUUAUGUAAAAGUUUUUUGGGAGAUAAUACACCGCCCCGAUUGCCUGAAGACUUUGCCUUUAGCGUUCAGCACAAGUGUGCUUGGGGCUGUCGCGGUUCAUUUUUACCUUCCCGUUAUAAUUCCUCUCGGGCAAAAUGCAUUAAAUGCUCAUACUGUGGAAUGUUUUUCUCGCCCAAUAAAUUUAUAUUUCAUUCACAUCGGAUAACUACAAAUGAUAGAUAUGUGCAACCAGAUGCUGCAAAUUUUAAUUCUUGGCGCCGGCAUAUGACCUUAUUAAAUGGAAAUAAUACCAGUGAUGAGAAAAUUAUACACGCUUGGGAAGAUGUCAAGGCAAUGUUUAAUGGCGGAACGAGGAAGAGAUUGGUUGGAAGUGGAACCAGUGGUAGUAAUAAUAAUAAUCGAAAUCAAAAUUCAUCUCCUUCAUCAGGAAUUUUGAAAGGAAGAACUUCAUGUAUUUCACCAACAGAAACUGUAAGCUUUGAUAGAAACUUAAAUAAGACUUUGACAACGGAAGAGGAAUCAUUAUGCCCCACCCUGGAUAAACAAUAUAAAUAUAGUACUGUUGCAGCUGCUACCGCUGCUGUGGUUGCAGCAGUUGGUGUUCCCUUUAAUUUUGAUGAUUCUAACGCCUCCCUAUCAGGGGAUCAUCUUUCUGUAAUGCCAAUAUCCAGAAAUUUUGUGGUAGACUACAUGUGGCAACAUAAGGAUCAUCUGCAUUAUGAACAGCAGUUUUCAAAAAAGGCGGAAUCAAAUUUGGAAACUUUUGAAUUUGAAACAAAUUAUCCGAAAUCAUGGGGAAAACCAGAGGCUAAUGUUAUAGGAAAUUCUGUGCGCUUUUCGGAUAAUAUUACUACUCACAAAAAUCGUAAGGUUAUGGGUAUAGGAGGAGGAGGGAAUUCUAGUCUCGCCGAUUAUAAGAUUCCAUCAAUUCUGAGCUGUUCGGCUUUUAAGCCUGUUGUGGCUUCUACAGCUAUAGUCUCAACCUCAUUAUAUACGAGAUCCAGUGAUUUGAACAAAAAAAAUGAUAAUGUCAACUCCUCACAAGCAACAAGAACUACAACGGUUCUCACACAUAAUACUACUUCACACCGAAUAGUUAACCACGACUUGGCGUUUUCGACAAUUUCAGAUAAAGAAAAAAAAUUAGCAAAUAGUAUUUCCAAAAAAGUAAACGAUAAUAACAAUAACGAUGACGACGACGAUGAAGUUGUCGAUAUUGAAACAACAGAGGAUGAAAGUAAAUUCUUGAGUCAUCACGAAAAUAGUAAAAGUAACAGCAUCUCUCAUACGACAAGUACGAAUAUAGAUGUUGAGGCAGAUGUCGAUGUUGAUGUCAUAACAACCGAGGAGGAUGCUGACGAUCAAUUGGAGCUUAUCUCAAGUUCUUGCUCUAUUAAAAAUUCCAGUCGAUCUUCGAUGUCAUUCUUUAAAACCGAACAUAUUCAAAUAUCUCCAGCGGAUACAAAGGGGAAACUAUGCAAUGAUGAUGAAAUCAAUAUAAAUGGGGAAACAAAUGGCUUAAAUGGUCAUCAUUUAAAAAUAACCCACCAAAAAACGGAUAAAGCGCAUCAUCACCAUGUGGAUCGAUGCUGUAACCAAAAGCAGUACUACAGCAAACCCUCAGUAUCUUCACAAAAUCUAUCCUCAACGUCUAGCCUACAAAUCCAACAGCGUUUGGCCUUUCCAGUAUUUUUUAAAUCACAAUUGCACUCAUUUCGUCCUUUGAAUUAUUAUCCCCAAUCUCUGCCAGGGACGGCGACUCUAAGCUCUACCAGCUCUACGGAAGACUCCAAUAAAUUGAUACCGCGUGUCAUCAAUAGGCCCCUGUCAUCGACAUGUCAUCAACGCGCCGACUGCGACUUCUACUACGACGCCCUGUCCACGAUACAGUAA